AUGGCCGAAGGACCAGCUGAGUGCGGCGUGCAGGUGUUCUGCCGAAUCCGACCGCUCAACAAGACAGAAGAAAAGAAUGGCGAUCGAUUUUUGCCGAAAUUCCCCAGCGAAGACACGAUUUCAAUCGGGGGCAAGGUAUUCGUCUAUGACAAAGUCUUCAAACCGAACACUACCCAAGAACAAGUGUACAUGGGAGCAGCCUAUCACAUAGUACAAGAUGUGCUAUCUGGUUAUAAUGGCACUGUCUUCGCUUAUGGUCAGACAUCUUCCGGUAAAACCCACACUAUGGAGGGUGUGAUCGGUGAUCCGGUAAUGCAGGGUAUCAUACCACGAAUAGUGCAAGACAUAUUCAAUCAUAUAUACACUAUGGACACAGAACUUGAAUUUCACAUUAAAGUAUCCUACUUUGAAAUUUAUAAUGAAAAGAUUCGAGAUUUGUUAGACCCUGAAAAAGUAAAUCUUUCAAUCCACGAAGACAAGAACCGGGUUCCAUAUGUGAAAGGCGCAACAGAAAGAUUUGUUGGAACACCGGAUGAAGUGCUCCAGACUAUCGAAGAUGGAAAGAGCAAUCGAAUGGUUGCUGUUACUAACAUGAAUGAACAUUCCUCUCGUUCUCACUCUGUGUUUCUCAUCACCGUCAAGCAAGAACAUCAAGCGACAAAAAAGCAACUUGCUGGCAAGCUAUAUCUGGUAGAUUUAGCAGGCUCAGAAAAAGUUAGCAAAACUGGAGCACAAGGUACUGUUCUUGAAGAAGCUAAGAAUAUCAACAAGUCGCUUACCGCACUUGGAAUCGUCAUAUCAGCAUUGGCGGAAGGAACGAAAUCUCACGUACCCUAUCGAGAUUCCAAACUCACUCGAAUUUUGCAAGAAUCACUUGGAGGAAAUUCACGAACGACUGUCAUCAUCUGCGCUUCUCCAUCACAUUUCAAUGAAGCUGAAACUAAAUCGACUCUUAUGUUUGGUCAAAGGGCCAAGACCAUCAAGAACGUCGUCCAGAUCAAUGAGGAACUAACUGCGGAAGAAUGGAAACGAAGAUACGAGAAAGAAAGAGAUAAGGUUACACGUCUCUCUACUGUUUUGCAAGCUCUCAACCUGGAAAUGACUCGAUGGCGAGCAGGCGAACGAGUAAGCGAAGCUGAAUGGAUUAAUCUUAACGACACCGCACAUCUUAUUGGGGUGUCGGAGAAUUCUUCUACGCCAUCGAUGGAAAGGUCGAUGAUUGCACCAGCACCACCUAUGCUCACUUCAGUUACUGGUCCUAUCACUGACGAGGAGAAGAAGAAGUAUGAGGAAGAACGAGUGAAAUUGUACCAACAACUCGACGAGAAGGAUGAUGAGAUCCAACGCGUCAGCCAAGAACACGAGAAGCUGAAGGCACAGGUGUUGUUGCAAGAUGAAUCGAUCCAAGCUAUGCGUGAAAACGAAGAGACACUGCGAGAAGAGCUUGUUCGUAUUCAGAAAGAGAGCGACGAUAAGCAAAAUGAGACUAAGGAGAUGAUCUCUGCUAUCGAAGAUAUCGCCGUUCAGCUUGAGGUUAGAAACGCUGAAUAUGAGAAGCUGAAGAAAGAGUUAGAGAUUGUAGCGGAAGAGAACCAACAGCUUGAAGACAGCUCUAACCAUGCUGUUAGCGCCUUGAAUGCACAUUUGGACGAGUGUGGCCCUAAGAUCAAGCACUUCAAAGAUGCCAUCUACAAUAUCAUUCGCGAAUACAACAUCGCUGAUAUCGUGAAUCAGAAUGACACUUUGCCUGAUCACGAACUUCUCAACCUCAUGCGCAUCGGUGUUUCGAAGUUGUUCAGUGAAAAUAGCGCUGCAAAGGAGAUGAACUCAGCUGAAGCACAUGCUGCCGAGAAGAAACUGGAUGAGUUGAAUUCUGUGCAAGGGCAAGAUGCAAACAAAUUGAAGCAACUACUUGUGAAGGAUCAAGCAGCGCGUGAGCUGAAACCGCUCUCGGAUAGAGUCAAUGUGGAGUUGGCCACUUUGAAGAACUUGAAGAAGGAGUUUGUCCGUAUGAUUCUGUCGCGAUGCCAGGCUGGACUCGAUGUUGAGGAAGACUGUCUUUCUGGCCCCGCACAGAAACAACGAAUUCAGUUCCUCGAGAACAACCUGGACAAACUCACCAAGGUCCACAAGCAGCUUGUGCGUGACAACGCUGACCUUCGCGUCGAGCUACCAAAGAUGGAGGCUCGGCUACGCGGACGAGAAGACCGCAUCAAGCAGCUCGAAACGGCUCUACGGGAAACAAAGGAGCGCUCACAGCUCGAACGAAGAAAGUAUCAGCAGGAGGUGGAGCGCAUCAAGGAUGCUGUUCGACAACGUAACAUGCGUCGACAGAACACGCCACAAAUUGUGAAGCCAAUUCGACCCGGACAAAUGUACACUCCUUCGCCGGCUGUGACGGCAGUGGCCCCAUCACCUGCUGUACGGCCAGCAAAUGCGACCCAAAUGAAUGCGCAGUAAAAGACCGUGAUGGACUAGCAACGCCUUCUGUGGUUUUUCUCUCCCCCAACAUUUGGAAUAAUCAGGUCGAUAUGCGCUUUUCCCGUCAAUGUGGAAAAUCGUUGGAUUGCCUAGUAACUUAUUACAAUUUUCUCUAUGAAUAUGACCUAUAAUUGCCUGUUGCAUAGUAAGAAAGUUCUCUGUGAUGAAAUACCAGUCCCAAUUGUUUGCAUCUAGUUUUCAAUGUUGUUUGUUUCGAAAGUAUGCGAAUGCUAGUUGUUUCUAAUUCGUCGUCGGUUAAGCGAAAAUAUAUUGGGGUUAUAUUCUGGCAUGCUUUUUGUUCUCGUUCUUGUUUUAUUGGUCAUUUGUCUUGUAGUAAUGAGCUUGUCAUGCAGUAUGGAUCGAUCGGUUGUGCAUGCGUAAAAGCGAUUUGCGGCUCAGCUGUGUCUCUGGUCCGUGUUCGCGCUAUUUUAUCCCACCCCUAUGUCUCUCUAUAAAAUAACCGUAACCUACGUCUGAUACUAGCUUUCCUAUCGCUUAACCCAUCACCUUUCACUGUGUGAACAAAAAAAAAUCCCUUGAAGCAUGUCCUAACAAUCCCGCAAGAUUUGUGUCUGUUCCAUUCAGCAGCCUAAUAAAGUUUUACUGAAGAGUCUUUAUGUGUGACACAAGGAAUGCAGUUUGAUGUCAAUCACGGUUUGUUUUAACACAGAUUCUUGCGAGUAUAGCAAGAGCAUGUAAUGCUUUUUUACUUACGAUUGACACUACAAUCUAACCUAAAAAAAUCGUGUUUUAUAGAUUACCGUUAAAAUAUAUCGUUAGGUAUGU